AUGGCGAGAGACAAUUCCACCUCCGUUCCUUCUUCGGCGAUAUCCUUCGCUCUCAAAGUCCUCCCACCGUUUCGCAACGUCGUCAAGUCGUUGACGAAGCCUCCACCGAGCACAAUCAGUGUGGUGCGAGAAAGUCGGACUGAGCCGCAACCGUCUAGCCCUCCACUCCGCCCUUUCCUCGCUAUCCUAGGGCAAUAUCUAGACGAAGCUGGAAAAUGCAUCACGCAGUGGCAUGCUAGUGGGUGUCAUAAAGGGUCCCCGGAGGAGAAGCAAGUCCUGAACCUGCUCACGCUCCUCGAAGAGGCAACAAAGGACACACCGGAUUUUCAGAGAAAGAAACCUUCUACGUACAGUCGGUCAUCCUAUUCCAAUCUCGAGGCCAUUCUCCGUCGCUCGCCGCGGGAAAAGCGAAACAGCGCAAUAAAAUGUAUAAAAAACUUGGGAGAUAUACGGAGCCGUUCCAAGUCUGAUAGGGAGAAAUUUCAGGCGGAGCUAGAAAAUUUGGGAGAGCUUACGGGGGAUAAAUCACGAGAGUGCCUAUCAGACCUGCCAACGGAAGGCAUCAAAGAGGUCGAUCGGGCCGAGUAUGUGCAAGAGCUGCACACCAUUCUCGUAGAAGCAUGUGCUUGUUCUUUGGCAGGCAAUCCUGGGUUCAUCGUAAAUGUAGGAUUGCCACUCAUUGAAGUCGAGACGGAACAGGACUCGGUGCCAUUUAGCCUAUUCAUUUCGCAUCUUCAUACCGACGAGGAUACUUUCUGGGGCUGGAGGGAGACUCAAAUAGGUGUUAUCCUCCAGAGUAAAAGUAUCACAGAUCAUUCCCAUAUUUCACCCGAGGAAUUCUGCAAGCUCACCCGGAAGCAGACGCUCAGUUACCCUGUCCUAAGAGGCACCAGGGGCAGCCUGACCAAGGAGAGGGAUAAUCCACCGUCCAUCAUGGUUGUCAAUGAACCUAGUGUCUCUCUGGGAAACCUACUUUAUCAGAAGAAACUAAAGGAUGACGAUGCGUUACGAGUUAAACUCUCUUACCUGGUUGCAAAAGCAGUGUGGCAAUUCUACGACUCGCACUGGAUGUCCGAGGCCUGGUCGAAAGAUACGAUCCAUUUCAUGAAAGAGGAGGAUAUCAGAGACCAAUCGAUCCUAGCAUAUCUGCAGAGGCCCUUUAUCACGGCCAACAUAGGCUCCGGUAAACAAGGUUCCUCUACUCCCUGUGCAUCAGAGUCGGAGACGGAUGAAAAACCGGUAUCUGCAUGCCUUCACAGCUACCCAAAGAUUCUUUCUCUAGGAAUCAUUCUUCUGGAAAUUUUCCGCGGCGAGGGAAUCGAUAGGUUUCGCAUGCAGCAAAGAUUCCGUGAUAGUGAGGGCAACCUGCACACAGAUGCCGACCUGGUUAUCGCUGGCUUCUUGAUCGAAUCGGAGAAAAAAGGGGGGCCUAGGAAAGAUAAGUACAUCAGUAACAUUAGGGAACUACUAAAAGAGGUAAUCGACUUUUGCAUCAAACCAGACGUCGAAAAACUUGGUCGCGACUCCACGCAAGUCCGCGCAAACUUGCGUACUCACGUCGUGGCUCCGCUGUAUCAACUCUACUUCAAAUCGUGUCCCGAAGACUAUAUUCCAGAUCCGAUUGAACUGUCACCGGAUUCGGUUUCCAAGGGGGGCCCAUCAUCAUCUCAAAACUGCCGGUUUGGGGUAUCGGCAUCCAUAACUGCCUCAGAUCAACAAAGUCUUGAAUUGCGACAGGUUCAGAAUCCCGUUCCCAUCCGACGCGACACUGAAUUUUACGACAAAAUGGCUAACGACGAUGCUGCCGAUGAUGAUUCUGCCGACGGCGAGCUGCAGAUUGGAGGGAAUGAGGCCCAGGGAGAGGAAGCAAGCCGUCGACGGACCGAUAAAUGGAUUGAAGGAUUCCUGAACUUGCUCAUAAAACACGAUAUCGCGGCUAGGACUGGUCCGAAUGUCAUCAAGGUUGCCAUCAUAGACUCGGGAAUAGAUUACAAUCAUCGAGAAGUGGAUCGAAGCCGCAUCAGGGACUGCAAAUCUUGGAUUGAAAAUAGUGAUGCUAGAGUUGACAAAGUCGGCCAUGGAACGCAUAUUGCUGGUAUUAUCUUGCAACUCACUACCAAUGUUGAACUGUAUAUUGGCAAGGUUACGGACACCAAAAAAUUCAAGAGGAGAGACUUGAUCACAGAGGCCAUAAAACAUGCGAGAACAGAGUGGAAAGUGAAUAUAAUCUCUCUUUCCUUCGGCUUCGAUGAGUCUGAUACGGACGAGAACCGUGAAAUUCAAAAUUGCAUCAAAGAAGAAAUCAUAAUAUUCUCCUCCGCCUCCAACGAUGGCGGUGAAGGGAGCCGAACCUAUCCUGCCGCCUAUGACCGUGUAAUAUGCAUCCACUCGGCCACACCACACGGAAUUGUUGCCGCUAGUAACCCAAGUGCAAUUUCCUGGGGAAAUAACUUCAGCACCGUUGGUGAGAUGGUCAGGUCCUAUUGGCAUUUGCCCAAAAUCGAAGAGGAAGGACGAGAUAAAGGGAGAGCCUACGAGUUUCGUUACCAAUCUGGCACGUCGAUGGCUGCUCCUGUGGCUGUCUCGAUAGCAGCAUUCAUGAUAGGUUAUCUUCGCAAGUACGCAGAAGGCCACAACUGGGCAAUCGACCCGUGGACGCCGUUGGGAAUGCAAGCGAUCUUCCAGAAAAUGAAGGAGGAUCGGGAUGGGUACGAAUGGAUUAGCCUGCAGAGGUAUUUCCGUCAAAAGAAGACAGUCGGGGAAGUCUUACGCAGCUUGAAGAAAAGGUUAACAUGA